AAGCCGGCUCUAACGUUCUUUCUUUUCUCUGAUCUGUGUUUCUUCUCUGGAGAACCGGUUCUGUCUGGAAGCUGGUGUGACCCUGGCGGACGCGCUAUAGGGCACCCGGCCGGGGUCAGUUGGAGACGUCCACUGACAUCUGGGGGCCUUCUUGGCCCAUCAGGGGACCUUCUUGGUCCAUCGGGGGGCCUUUUUGGCCCCUCAGGAUUCUUUUCUGUGGGCUGCUUACGCCCAACGCGCCUGCGAACUAAAUACUUUCAUUUUCUCUAUGAACUUCCAGAGUGCUAAAAAAAUAUCUCUAGGCGUCUAAAAGAAAAACCACCUAGGCAUGCCAAUUGUUACCCGUAUUCUGAUGUGAUGUGUGUCUGUGUGUCUGUCUGUUGAAUUGACUGGAAUGAUUGUUGAGAGUCAGGGGCACGCGCCUGACUUACCCUAUGUGUAGUCCCACGGCGUAAGCUACGGGAUUCGAGUGGGCUCUAACCCGAUUUCCGCGGUGAUCCUCAUAUGGCUUAAGGCAGUCAAAAUCUUUUGAUCCAAGCAGGGGAUUUACACCUGCCCGCCUAUGCUAAGAGGCACCUAAGCUCCCGCGAGGGACGCGGACGGACGAGUACUCGAGUGCUUCUGUGUCAGUCUAAAUGUAUUGUCACCCCUGGGCCUUUGUAAUAAUAACCAUCCUAGCCGUAACCCUUUCUACCGGGUUGGCCGAAACAGCACCAGAAAGUUGGAACCGCUGCGAAAGAUUCUUGUUAGUUCUUGUUUUUCUUUCAUGGGUCGGAUGCUUUAUUGGAAUUGUUUUCUCGGCUGAUCAGAAUUAAUUAUUCCAUCCUUUGUUCCUCUCUCCUCCUUCCUCAGCUCCCUGCGGCUUUCCCUCCCGCCCCUCCGCCCGGGGCCCAGCCAGGCCGCUGGGGGUCUCACCCUUGGAGGUCGCCUGCGCGAACUCCUCCACCGCUAAUUUCAGCCGCUUCAGGGCCCCCUCCGUGCCGCCCCCUGGCCAGCGGCGCCCCCCCCCCCCGCGUCCGUGCUGCCCGCGCCCCCUUCUCUUCUCCUCUUCCUCAGAAUCAUAACAUGGGCCAAACGCAGAGCACCCCUCUCUCCCUCCUCCUCACCAAUUUCAAAGAUGUAAGAGCUAGAGGACACAGCUUAAGGCUAGACAAUCCCAAAAGGAAGUUGAUCGCCUAUUGCUGCUCUGAAUGGCCCACCUUUGGGGUCAAUUGGCCUACAGAGGGAACCUUCUGCCUCCCUGUGGUCCUUAAAGUAAAAUCAAAAAUUUUCCUACCAGGGAAAGAAGGUCACUCGGAUCAGAUUCCCUAUAUUCUGGUGUGGCAAGAUUUAGUAGAAAACCCACCUCCCUGGAUGGCCUCUUUCUUAACAACAGGGCCAUGCAAAAUUCUAGCAGCUAAACCUACCAACCCUCCCAAGCCACAAACUCCGAAUGCACCCCCUGUUCUCCCCGACAGCCAAGAUUCACUUUCCCUUGACCCUCCCCCUUACCAGAUUCCCCCCCUUAUUCCUCAAGCUGCCCCCAUCCCUGCUCCCGACCCCAUUCCCCCUGCGCUGGCAGAGCUUCCCGUAGCCGAGCCAAUGGAAGAACUAGAAAAUAGGGAGGCUCAACCCGCGCCCAUGCCUAGUGGGGGCGAAAUCCAAGGGCCGGCUGGACGUACCCGUAGGGGGGCCCCACAUGAGCCAGGACUCCGCCUUCCUGACUCCACCGUAGCUCUACCCUUAUGGGAAAUAGGGCCUCCCGAUGAUACGGGGAACCCCCGGCUUCAAUACUUGCCCUUCUCCACCAGUGACCUAUAUAACUGGAAAACCCAGAAUGCCCGAUUUUCUGAUAACCCUAAAGAUUUAAUAGCUCUCCUGGACAGCGUUAUGUUCACCCACCAACCCACCUGGGAUGAUUGUCAGCAACUCCUCCGAAUCCUGUUCACCACCGAGGAGCGAGAAAGAAUUCCAUUGGAAGCAAGAAAGCUGGUUCCUGGAGAUGAUGGCCAACCCACUGCUAACCAUGAUCUCAUUAAUACAGCUUUUCCCUUGACCCGACCUCCACAGGAUGGCUGGGACUACAACACGGCAGAAGGUAGGGGACGGCUACGCAUUUAUCGCCAGACUCUAAUGGCGGGUCUCCGGGCUGCUGCACGCAAGCCCACUAAUUUGGCAAAAGUGUAUUCAGUAAUACAAGGUAAGACAGAGAGCCCUGCCGCUUAUUUAGAAAGAUUAAUGGAAACCUUCAGACAGUAUACCCCCAUGAACCCCGAGGCCCCCGAAAAUCAAGCUGCUGUUGUAAUGGCCUUUGUAAAUCAGGCAGCCACUGAUAUUAAAAAGAAACUCCAGAAACUAGAGGACCUGGAGGGAAAACAGAUUCAGGACUUACUCCGCAUUGCCCAGCGUGUCUAUAAUAAUAGAGAGACUCCAGAGGACAGGCAACUUAAAGCUACCGAAAAAAAUGACCAAAGUCCUGGCCGCUGUCGUCCAAAAGCCCCUGGAUAA